AUUAUAUAAUUGUAAAACAGUCAAAUCAGUUAAAAUUGUCAAAUAUCAUAGUUGUUUAAAUUGUGCUAAAUUGUGCGACAAUUACGAGAAUGGAUUUUAUUUCUUUGAUACUAUGUACCUUGUUUGUUAUUUUAAUAAUUCCCGUAAUUAUAUUAACGUAUCAUCAAUAUAUUCUUCGACGAAAACUCAAGAACAUUCCUCAAUAUGGCAGAUUUCCUUUUGGUGUAGUAUUUGAAGUAAUGAAACUGACAAAUUAUGAACUCGUACAAUGGUAUUUACAACGUGCGGUACAAUUUAAAGAAGGAAUUUUUAUACACUGGGUUACCAUAUUUCCAUUCAUUAAUCUUUAUAAACCUGAAUUAUUAGAAAUUAUUAUGACCAGUACUGUAAAUAUCGAGAAAGGACAUCCAUAUCAAUUGUUGGAAUCUUGGUUAGGCAAAGGACUUUUGACUUCUACAGGAAAACAAUGGUUCCAUGAUAGAAAAUUGAUCGGGGCAACAUUUCACUUUAGUAUAUUGGACCAAUUUGCUGUGGUUAUGUACGAAAAAGCAAAGAUCUUGAUAAAAUGUUUGGAGAAAGAGAUAGCAAAGAAUCCAGGGAUGGCCAUCAAUAUUUAUCCGUUUAUUAACAAUGCUGCGCUUGACGUUAUAUGUGAAACGGCAAUGGGUGUGAAUAUACAUGCUCAAGAAGAUGAAACCAAAUAUACCGCAGUAAUACAUAGAGUUUCUAAAUUAGUAGCAAAGCGAUUAAUUGAACCGUGGCUAUGGCCAGAUUGGUUGUAUAACUUAAUCUCUGAAGGAAUAGAAUAUAAAUCAAUGGUUAAUAAACUACAUAAAUUUACGAGAGAGAUAAUACAUAAGAAAAAGAUUAUUCGACAAUCACAAAACGAUUCUACUAAAGCGGAAAAUGAAAAUGAUGAACUUGAUAUAGGUAAACUGGAGAAGAAAGCUUUUCUGGAUCUAUUACUAGAUCAAAAUGAAAAGGACGAAAUUCCAUUAACCGAUGAUGAAUUGAGGGCACAAGUUGACACAUUCAUGUUCGAGGGUCACGAUACAACUGCGGUUGCCAUAACCUGGGCACUCUUUCUUUUGGGCAAUAAUUUAGAGCACCAAAAUAAAGUUCAUGAAGAACUCAAGGAAGUUUUCAAGGAUUCAGAGACACCAGCCAACAUAAAAGAACUGUCGCAAUUAAAGUACCUCGAUAGAGUCAUAAAAGAAGCGCUCAGAUUAUUCCCAAGUGUACCUGCUAUCACAAGAAAAUUAUCGGAAGAUGUAAAAAUAGGUGAUUAUACGUUCCCAAAAGGUAUUACAGUUGUACUGGCAAUUGCAACAGUGCAUAGAAAUCCGGAGGUAUGGUCAGAUCCAUUAAAGUUCGAUCCAGAUCGUUUUCUUCCGGAAAAUUCGAAACAUAGAAAUCCAUAUGCUUACAUUCCAUUUAGUGCUGGACCCAGAAAUUGUAUUGGCCAGAAAUUUGCUUUACUCGAAGAGAAAAUGAUGUUAACAGCUAUUCUGAGAAAGUGGAGAGUGGAAAGUGUAAAAGAAUUAAUUGAAUUCGAGGCCACUCUUAUUUUGCGACCAACCGAGAAGAUAUUCAUCCAUUUUACGCCAAAGAAAUAAUUAAUUUACCAACAAAUGUUUAUUUCUUCUUAUUGUGUGCAAUCUUUAUAAUCUUUUUCGAUUAUGGAAUUUUUAAAUCGUUAUUCUUGUUACAAAUAUAGCAUCUACUACUAUUGUAUGUUAUAUAUUAAUAUAUAAUGAUUCAGAGUGAUAUGAGAUGUACGUUUGAAUAUCACCGGUGAAUAACAUCGGUGAGGAAAGAAGGUCGAAACCCCGAAAUAUCUCGAAAAAUAUAAGUUUUAUAGAAAAUUGUUUCAGAUAACUGUUGUAGGGUUUAAAAAGAUUUAUUUACUGAUCUUAUCAGUUUGACUUUGGGCGAUGUCGUCAAGGUUACCUUGAAUAUUUUAAAUGGAACCCCAUAUUUUUUAUUACAUAUACUUUUAUUACAUAUAUCUUAUAGCUCUUCUUCAGGGAUUUUCCAAACACUAAUAAUUUUAUUCACUUUAAAUAAACGUUUCAAAAUUACCGAGCUUUUUGUGUUAAAAUGUCUAGAUCAUAAAGAGAGAGUGAUUAGAAGAUCCAGCCUAUGAAGACAAGAUCGGCAAGAUCGGAAGAUGAAUCAAUAAAGGCAAAAUUAUUGCGAUUUAGACAUCAUAAGCAAAAUUGAUUUUUCAGCAAAAAUAAGACUGUUGAGCAUUCACAUUAUUAAAGGUUUUAUAGUUUUAAAUGUUCGAACUGCACACCAUUUACUGUUUGACAAUGUGCAAUACAUUCAUAAAAAUUGGUCACAAUAAUCCUAAUAUAAUAAUCAUAUUCCGAUCAAUUAAAACAGCUUCUUCAAGAAUACAAUUGCAAAGAUCGUCCAGAUUAUUUGGUUGUAUCCUAUACAUCCUGCUCUUAAGAUAACCCCACAAGAAGAAGUUAAGCGGCGUUAAAUCUGGCGAUCUAAGUGACCAUUCAAUUUCUCACCUUCUCCCUAUUCAUCAGUUAGGGAAUUGUGUCUAAAUAAGCACGUAUAAUGUGGUGGAGCACCAUCUUGCUGAUACCAUGUCUCAACAAAAUUUUUACCUGCGAUCUGUCUAAUUGUCGGGAAUAUCUGAUCUCUUAAUAUUGCUUUCUCUGCUGUCAAAUCACCAUGAAUAAAGAAUGACCCAAUUAAUGUAUCGUUCGGAAUACGUACCCAGACAUUUAAUUUUUGUGGAUAUUGAGUAUAGCUUUCCAUCAUCCAAUGAGGAUUAUUAUCAAUAUCUGUAGUUGUGUUUCUGUUAACUUGACUGUUUAAUUCAAAAGUUGCUUUAUGAGAAAAAACCUAACCUAACGAUAUUAAACAGGAAAUUAGGAUCAAUUCUCCCCAUUAUUAAAUCGCAAAAUUCUAGACGACGCUCAGGAUCAUUAUCGUUAAUUAGCGAUCUCGAUCUUUUUGACUUAAGAAAUGUAGGCGCGCGGCGAAGCAGUGUGUGGAGGAGUAGUGAAUGCAGGAAAGACUUUUCACUCCUUUCCCACCAAUUGUGAGAUACAAUUAAAACUGUAAUACAAAAAAUAAAAUAUAUUAAAAUACAUUAUCAA